AUGUAUCGCCAGAUGUGGGUACAUCCUGACGAUAGACGUCUUCAGCUCGUGUACUGGCAAAGCAGGACUGAUUCACACGUCCAUCCCUACGAGCUGACCACGGUAACAUACGGCACCGCAUGUGCGCCGUAUCUAGCUACUCGGUGUCUACAGCAAUUGUCCUACGAUCACUCGGCGAGCGAUGCUGACACUGUGGAAGAAGCAACGCAGCUGCAUUCUGGAGUGCAGAGCAUCCUUGCGUCCGCAGGGUUCGAACUUCGAAAGUGGUCGUCGAAUUCGUCCGAAGUGUUGUCACAUAUCCCGGAAAACCUGAAGGAUGAUAGGCCGAUUGUAGCAGUUGAUGACAUUCAAGGCUCUGUCAGCACACUCGGUCUGCUGUGGCACCCUGAAUCGGAUGCCUUCCGGUUCAAAGUUCCUGAGCGAUUCUCUGAUAAUCCGAUCACGAAACGAAUCGUGGUCUCCGAGAUGUCCAAACUCUUCGACCCAUUGGGUAUCUUGGGUCCGGUGAUCAUCACAGCCAAAGUGUUUGUCCAACAACUUUGGAAGUUGAAACUAAGCUGGGACGAAGAGCUUCCCAAUGCACUCUGUACCGUGUGGGAAGACUACAGACUUGGUCUGGCUGCUCUAGGAACAUUUUCCAUCUCUCGUUUGGUCAAAGCUCCAGGCGCCGGAGACAACGUGCAACUUCAUGGGUUUUGCGAUGCAUCCCAAAAUGCAUCUACUUGA